CAACGGCUCCGCUGGCCCCCUACAGCUCUGAGUCGCGCAAUGGAGGCGAGGGAGAGACAGCGCGAGCGAGAGACAAUCCGGUACUACGACCUCUACUCCGUCGUGCAUGAGCCCCACGAGCCUCCGCCCUCGAAUCACGACGCUCGUCCUCAACGCCGUCCGCUGGCAGCGUCGCAAGACACGGCUCUCACCUGCUUUGCUCAAUUGUGUUCACUACGGCUCAAUGCUCGCCGCUGCCUGAUCUCGCUCUUUGACACGCACCAUCAAUAUGUCAUUGCAGAAGCUACUGGCUCGCUUCCCAUCCGGCCGGACUCCUCCUUUACAUGCGGGGACGAUGAUCGACUUUGGCUCUGUGGCACGAUUCUCGAUCGAGGCGAAGGCUUUUGCGAGCGUGUCCUGGAGGGCCAAAAGCAGGCCGGUGCGUCGGAAGUGGGGAGCGUCAUUCCCGAGUCUGACUUGUCAGGGUCGGCCGUCGAUGGCUACGUCUGUGUGAUUCCGGAUCUUACGACCGAUGCGCGCUGUAAGGAUAUGCCGUGGAUCUAUUCAUACCCUUACAACAAGUUUUACGCCGGUUGUCCUAUCCGCACGUCUCGCGGAGUUGACAUUGGCGUGCUCUCCAUUUACGACACGAAGCCCCGCCCGCAGGGUUUGACACCGGCUGAAAUGGAAAUCUUGGUUGAUGUUUCGCGCACGAUAAUGCGGCAUCUAGAAGCGAAUCGGGCACGCCUGGAGAGUCGACGAAGCGAACGGAUGGUUCGGGGCAUUGGGAGCUUCGUGGAAGGUAGUGCAACCUUGGCCGGCUGGUGGUCAAACCUUGACACGGCCUCGCACCAACACAUUUCAGUUGGUGAAGCUACACUGAAUACUGCCCAACAGGAGCUGGCGCAGCAAGCGAGUGUGCAUCCUGAAAGUGGGCACGAUCUGACGCCGGCUGAAUUAGCCAGGACGGAGGGAAUUGAAACAUUCGAUAUGAAUAAACCGCAUCAGACCGACACAGGAACACAAAAACUUCAAGUUAGCCCCAAAGGCGGAAGCAGUGCAAAUCACACUGUUGAUCACGUCGCCUCCAAUGGGCAGCAGGUGUCGCCUCCAGUUGAAGCACAUAGCCGUGCCAUCGAGAGCAUAUUCGCCAGAGCUGCCAAUAUAAUCAGAGAAUCCCUAGAGAUCGAAGGCGUCGCGUUCUUCGACGCACGAAUCUCUAGUUUUGGCGGUUUGGUUGAUGCCCGACGUCGUGAUAGCAACAGCUCCCAUAGCGAGGACAGUGAUGCCAGCUCAAAGUCAACAAACAGAAUCAAGAAUAAACAUACUGGUGAGAACGAAAAGGUAUGCCGAGUUUUGGCCUUCGCAACUUCGGACGGUUCUACGAUAAACAACGCCUCAGAAGACGGAACUUACAAAGUGCCUGAAUCUUUCCUAAAAGCUUUUCUUCGGCGCUACCCAACCGGCAAGAUAUUUAAUUUCGAUGACUCUGGUCAGGCGAGGUCCAGCGAGUCAGAAGAGUCAGCCGACUCCUUACACUUCGUGCUGGCUCAAUCAGGCUCUUCACGCGAUCAUCGCCUCUCUCCCUCUCAGAAGCGAAAGAAAGUACGACGAUCAAAGGUAAACGAUGCAGCCGACCUCCAGAGGCUGAUACCUGGCGCAAAGUCGGCCAUGUUUUUCCCGCUCUGGGACUCAACAAGGCAACGGUGGUACGGUGGAGCCAUAGCGUGGACGCGUACUGGCAGCCGCCCAUUCUCUGCUCGAGGUGAACUCUCUUACCUCUCCGCUUUUGGCAAUACAAUAAUGUCUCAAGUCGCGCGUCUAGAUGCGUUGGUCGUUGAGAAUGCCAAGGCAGAUCUACUAGGCUCAAUCUCUCACGAGAUGCGCAGUCCACUACACGGCAUAUUGGGAGGAGUGGAAAUGCUCGCCGAUACAACCAUCAAUCCUUUCCAAAAUGACGUUUUGCAUACAAUUGAAACGUGUGGAAAAACCUUAUUGGACGUCAUGGACCACCUGCUCGACUUUGCGAAGAUCAACAACUUGUUCCUGGCGAACAAUGGGAAAAAAAUAGAUAGCGUUGAAAGUGCCCGUGACUCUACUCUAUCCCAUGACUCAAGUCAAUAUCCUAUAGGAACUGAUCUAAGUGGUCUUGCUGCUGACGUGGAGCUCGACAUAUUGGCUGAGGAAGUGAUUGAAAGCGUCUACGCUGGGCAGCAAUACUACGCUCGAAUACCGGAUAAUUUUCAAGACUCUCUUGUAAAAAGAGAAAUUACAGAGUAUCACGCAGGUAUCGCUGUGAUUCUUGAUAUCGAAUAUUCGGACCCGUUGAGUUCGGUGUCAGUGGAGCCUGUGGCUGACAAUUGGUGCUUCCACCUAGCCCCAGGUGGCAUACGCCGCAUCCUCAUGAAUAUUUUUGGUAAUGCUCUGAAGUACACGUCGCGUGGUACAGUGCGCGUGUCUCUCUCUCGUUCAAACAAACCGCACUCACCGACAAGAAGUGAAUUUUCCAGCGACGCAAAAGCGAACAUGAAGAAGGCUGCGCAGGAAGUCAUUUUACGGAUCUCUGACACUGGCAGCGGUAUGUCGACAGAGUUCAUGGACAACUACUUGUUCGCACCUUUCUCGCAAGAAGAUCCUUUGAAGUCUGGGACUGGCCUCGGGCUGAGCAUCACUCAGCAGAUUGUCAAACAUCUAGGUGGUACAAUCAACGUAAGCAGUAAAGUCGGUCUCGGAUCCGAGUUCACUGUCAGACUACCGCUUUUGAAAUCCGACCGAUGUGCGACUCCAGAGAUUGAAUCUACAUCUGACAAUGGAAAGUUGUUGCGAGAUCAUAUCAAGGCCACUCAAGGGUUAAGGGUAGCUUUCUUUGGCUUCGCAGAUCAGGAUGAGCUACAGAAAAAGCAGGACGGGAUUUUACGGACAAGGGAGCUACCGACUUCUCCUGUGGACCGAAAAGAGGAAUGGUCCUUACCACGAAGGGAGAUCGAGCGUAUUUGUCGGUUGCGACUCGCAAUGGACGUGUUACCAACGCCGAAGAAUGAAAAGGAACUCCUCGAGCUCGUGCCAAGACCAGAGGUGCUUCUCACAACUGAGCGGCAUGUUAAACACUUGCUUGACGGCCUCAUUCAAUCACUUGACCCUAGAAGUGCUGGCUCGCUUCCAGCAAUAGUAGUAGUCUGCCAAAGCACCGCGAUGGCCAAGAGGCUCUCCAAGGAACAUGAUCCAAACAGGGCAGUGGUAGACUUCAUCUCUCAGCCAUGUGGCCCUCGUAAGCUGGCAGAAGCUUUCGCACUCAGUGUUACGAGAUGGUCUGAGCAGAAAGAUUGGCUGAAGGUGGAAAGCCUAACGCCGAAAAUCAAGCCUUCACAACCAGGUUCAUUACCACACGAUUCACCUUCAAUUAAUAACUCUGUGCCUGCACUUGAGUCCCUUCGAAUUACGGAUGCCUCGUCAUCUAAGCAGGAGUUAACUUUCGACUUUCGGAAGGGAAAAGAAAGUUAUCUGCUGGUGGAGGACAACAUUAUCAACAUGCGGGUGAGGAUACCAUGUCAAAGCUGACUACUUUUUCGAUUUUUAAUCGACAACUGACACGGCUAUAUCACAGAUAUUGGCCAAUUUCAUGCAAAAGCAGCACCUUCCACACGACAAGGCAGAAAACGGCCUUGUUGCCGUUCAGAAGUACAAGGAAAGGCACAGCGAAUACGUCUGUAUCCUUAUGGAUAUCUCGAUGCCUGUAAUGUCAGGCUUGGAAGCCAGUCGAGAGAUUCGCGGAUUCGAGCGCACACAUGGCUUAGAACCUGUCAUCAUCAUCGCAUUGACAGCUCUUGCAUCUGAAAGCGUUCGGCAGGAAGCCUACGCGAGCGGAAUCAACGUGUUCCUCACUAAGCCAGUGAGGCUAAAGGAGUUGGACGACGUUAUUACGAAGGCCAAGGCUGGCAAGGCGUGCUAAAAUACGUCCAAAUCUUGGCUUUUUGGUUGCAUGCUUCGUUUUGAAUAUCAAAAGUUAUAUCUUUGUACGGAUUACGGCAAAAGAAAAGGCAUGGUUGCACACCGCUACGAUCCGCCUACCCACCAAUAAUUUGGUGUCAGCGGGAGAUAUAUGAUAGUCUUUAGCCCGGGUUGAUGAGUGCGCAACGUGACAUGCGUGUAAUAGAUGUGAAAAUAUAAUUGCAACGAGUAACAAUGCAGCGGUUCAAAGGGUGAGAAUCCUAGACUUUGGAGCUAUGCAACAAAAACGGAUGUUAUCAGCGUACGAUUCGUGUAUUCAUGAGAAGAAUGUAGCUCGUCUAAAAU